AAAAGAAAAGAAUAGAAAAGAAAGUUUUGUAACGUUUCAGAGCCCACCAAAUAACGGAAACCUAGAUUGUUCUUCCUCAAAUUUACAUUGUGCUGGAGUAUGCGUCCCUCACGAUCGCUGAAUUUAAAUCAUUGAGGGCGAUUCGUGUAUGGAAGACGAUAUCUCCGCAGAUCUGAUUUCAAGAAAGAGGUUAGAUGUUGUAUAUUGCUACUAAAACUGCAUUUUUCCGAGUUGAAUUUCGUGAAACUUUUUUGAUGUAUGAUGGCGGUUCUGAUGGAUAAUUCUUUGGAUCUUUCAUCAAGGGAACGUGCUCAACGUCUUUACAAAUUGAAUGUCGACUUGGAGAAUAAACGCAGGAGACUGGCCCGGGCAAGAAUUCCCUCAGAUCCCACUGCUUGGCAGCAGAUGCGAGACAAUUUCGAAGGAAUUAUACUUGAGGAUCAUACUUUCUCUGAACAACAUGAUGUAGAGUUUGGUCUGUGGCAGUUGCAUUACAGGCGAAUAGAGGAGCUUCGUUCACACCUCAAUGAUUCUCUGGAUUCAAAUGGUUCAGCCACGAUCCAGGAUGGGAAAUCUUCUUCAAGACCUGAUCGAAUCUCAAAAAUACGCUCUCAGUUUAAAACAUUCCUUUCUGAAGCAACUGGAUUUUAUCAUGAUCUGAUGUUGAAAAUCAGAGCAAAGUAUGGUCUACCCCUAAAUUGUUUUCCAGGUGAUCCAGAGAAUCAGUUCGUAGUGUCUAAAGAUGGAAAUAAAUCUGCUGAGAUGAAGAAAUGCUUGAUUUCUUGUCAUCGCUGUCUGAUUUAUCUGGGUGACCUAUCACGUUAUAAAGGUUUAUAUGGGGAUGCUGAUUCCAAAAGUAGAGAUUAUGCAGCGGCAUCAAGUUAUUAUAUGCAAGCUUCUUCAAUCUGGCCUUCAAGUGGCAACCCUCAUCAUCAGCUUGCAUUAUUAGCUUCAUAUUCCGGGGAUGAAUUGGUGACAAUCUUUCGCUAUUUCCGGAGUCUGGCAGUUGAUAACCCAUUUUCAACUGCAAGAGAUAAUUUGAUUAUUGCAUUUGAGAAGAAUCGGCAAAGCUUUUCCCAGCUGCUUGUUGAUGGAAAAGCUUCCUCAAUCAGGACUGCACGUGUGCGAAUACAUGGGAAAAGAAGAGGAAGAGGUGGAGCAAUGCCUCUCUUGAAACAUGAAAACACAGAUGUGAGUUCUGUUAAGGAGUCUGCAUCCAGUAUAUCUGAUAUUUUUAAAGCUUUCAGCAUUAAGUUUGUUCGACUUAAUGGUAUUCUUUUCACUCGUACAAGUCUGGAAACAUUUGGAGAUGUUUUCUCUAUGGUUAGAGUUGAUUUGCUUGAGCUUCUUUCUUCUGGGCCGGAAGAUGCAUACAAUUUUGGUUCAAAUGCUGCAGACAGUGGAAUGACGAUUCUUAGGCUUAUAACCAUUCUUAUAGCCACAGCUCACAUUGUUAGUAGGGAAAAUGAGAAUCAGUCAUGUGCUAAAAUGUUACAACGUUCGGUUUUGCUUCAGAAUGCGUAUACUGCCAUCUUUGAGUUUAUGGGGCUCAUACUUGAGAGAUGCAUGCAACUGUUUGAUCCAUCGAAAAGCUAUUUACUGCCUGGAGUGCUGAUUUUUAUGGAGUGGUUAGCCUGUCAUCCUGAAAUUGCAGCUGGCAGUGAAGUUGAGGAGAAAGAAGCUGCUGCUAGGUCAUUUUUCUGGAGUAAUUGCGUUUCAUUCUUGAACAAGCUCUUGUCAAGUGGAUUAAUUUCUGUUAUUGAGGAUGAAGAUGAAACUUGUUUUGUUAAUAUGACAACGUAUGAUGAAGGUGAAACUGCCAAUUGGCUUGCACUGUGGGAGGACUACGAAUUGAGAGGUUUUCUCCCUCUUGUUCCUGCACAUAUGAUUCUUGAUUUUUCAAGGAAGCAAUCUUUGGGAAGUGAUAAUAGUGAUAAGGAGAGAAAAGCUCGCUUUCAAAGGAUUAUAGCAGCUGGAAAGUCUCUUGUUAGCAUAGUUUGGGUUGGGCAAGAAUAUGUAUCUUUUGAUCCAAUGCUGAAGAAGUUUGUGAUUGGCAAUGAAUCUCAUAUAUGUGAUGAUUUUGUGCUUACUAGUUCUUGGGAGAUGCCUGUUUCGAAUGGUAUGGGACAUCCACCGGGGAAGAAAAUGAAUGUGGGAAAUUUGCAGCCAGAGGCACAGCCAUAUUUAGAAGGAGAAGAAGAGGAUGAGAUUAUUGUUUUCCAACCAUCUGUGACUGAUAAUCAUGCAGAUGUCAUUGAUCCCAAGUUUUCUUAUAAUUUUCAUGCCCCUGGUGGCAAUGCUUCCCUGGGUGACAAGGGAUGUUGUAUCGAAUCUGUUUCAGCCCCACUUGAUGGUAAAAUAUCAGAGAGCACUUUAGAUACUGAUUCAAUUAACCCAAAUGCUCCAAUAUCUCGUACUACCAUUCUGCCCCAACAUCUGCAAUCAAUACAACCAUGUAAUUCAAAGUUGCUGCUGGAGCAACAAGUUUGUCUUGCCGAUGGAUUGAACAGUUUGAACUUAACAGAGAAUAGGCUUGUCGGGAAACCUAGUUUGCAAGAACAUUUUAAAGUUUUGGAGCCUGCUGCACUCUCAUAUGCCCUCCCACAGACUCUGGAUAUCAGUGCUGGCAAUGAGCUUUUUGCCCAGGUUUCUGACUCCAGGAUACCAUCCAAGUUUGAUUCAACUAUGUCUACUGGAGCCAGUUUUGAUAGUCUUUCUCUGAACUCAUCAAUGACCUUGCCAACAAGUUUAAGAAAGAAUCGAAUGAGCAGGCCGCUGAGGCACUUUGGUCCUCCACCUGGAUUUGGCCCUGUUCCUCCAAAACUCGUGGGCGAGUCCUUGUCUAAGACUACUUUGGAGAAAGAGACUUUGAAGCUGGAUGAUUAUAGCUGGCUAGAUGGAUAUCAGUUGCCAUUGCCAAUUAAGGACACUGUGUUUGACAAGCCUGUCACUCACACUGCACAAUCGUAUCAUCAAGCAAGCAAGGGCAAUACGGGUAUGAUAUGUUUUCCAUUUCCUGGAAAACAAGUUCCAACUUUGCAAGUCCAAAUGGAAAACCAGAAAAACUGGCAGGGAUACCAGGCUCCUGAUUAUCUAAAAAUAUACCAGAGGUGGCAGCAACAGCAGCAACUUAGUAAAAUAAAUCAGGACUCUAUUCCCAUGCCAAAGCAGCAUGAAGGACAAACUUUGUGGGAUGGCCAUUUCGUUGUGUGAGGUCAUUAUGAGAACAUAGAUGGUUUUGAAGAAUCUACUGUUGUGAUCAAUCCUGUGGGCUGGCACAACACUAAUUCAGCGUCACCUUUUUGCAGUCCUGCUGCCAUUUUUAUUAAGCUUUGUUGGAGAGCAUGUCGUGGAGUUUUGCAAGUGCCUACUUUUGAACAGCUUGUGCUGAGCUCCCGGACUGGAUAGGCAAUGAUGAAAAGGGAGCAAGUUGGGAAAAAUGGAAAAUUUACAGAAGAAAACUGAUGGUUGGAUGUUGGUCACAAAAAUUUGUACCCCGGCACUGGGUGGGACCGCCCAAUGUUUGGAUUGACAUAAAAUAAGAAAGCAUGAGUUUAUCCCAUGUACUUUCUGGAGGAAAAAGCUAGUUCAGGAGUGCAUCAUUGCUGUAGCAGGCAACCGAUUGAUAGAAAGCUAUUGAGGCAAUUUUGCAUGAGCUACUUGAAAGCUUCCAUCUAUCAGAUUCAAAAGGGUUUGUGGAAAAUAGGGUUUGGCUAAAUAUGUAGUCGGAUUUGGGAUGUUAUGUGAUAAAUAAAGCAUGUUAUGCGAGCAGAGACGCAUUUUGGGGUUUUUA